AUUUACUACUAUUUAAAUUUUUUCUUUCCCCCGAAGUUUCCCCAUCAGUUUUGUUCCUUGGCCCUUGAUCAAUCGGACGUCGUCGUUUAAAUCAGCUCAUCUCCAUCGUCAUACUCCUAGUCUCCAACUACUACUACUCCACUGAGUCCCUUCCAAGAGAACUGCGUACUAUUAACUUAUUUCCCGGCAACGAUCGGAUCUGCUCGGAUUCUUCAAUCAUCUGUAACAUUUGUAAGAAGUAUUUCUUUCAGGGUUUUUCAAUAAUCAGUAAGCUUAAACGAACUUUCUUUCAAUAAUCAGUAUUUGCUGUCUGUAUACGUUAAAUUUGAAGACUUUGCUCACCGUUAUACGCAAUUCAGAUUUUUUUUUAACUUCCCUGAGAUUGGUUUCUUUGAUUUUUCACUCUACCCAGUUAAGGGAUGAAUGAUCAGGAACAACUGCCCGUCGUAAUUGGAGGAAUGGUGCUGGACAUUGAUGCCAUUCCCUCUGUGCCUUCCAAUCCCAGGACUACUACCCCUGGAAAGGUUAAUUAUGCACUGGGCGGUGUAGCUAGGAAUGUUGCAGAGUGCAUGUCCAAGCUUGGAGCAAAACCUUACAUGAUCAGUGCUGUGGGACUGGAUAUGGCAGGGAACAUGCUGUUGGAUCAGUGGAAAUCAGCGCAAUUAUGCACAGAAGGCAUUAGAAUGCACCAAGAUAUUGAGACAGCUGUCGUGUGCAAUAUCUUCGAUGGUGAUGGUGAAUUGGCUGCUGCUGUGGCUAGUGUAGGAGCAAUUGAAAAAUUUGUAACUCCAGAUUGGGUUUGGAAGUUUAAUAGCAAGAUUUCAGCUUCUCCUGUCCUGGUACUUGAUGCAAAUUUAAGUCCUGCAACACUGGAAGCUGCUUGUCAAUUGGCAGCAAAAUCAAAUACACCAGUGUGGUUUGAGCCUGUAUCAGUUGUAAAAUCUAAAAGAGUUGCCACAGUUGCCAAGUAUGUAACUUUUGCUUCACCUAAUGAAGAUGAGCUAAUAGCCAUGGCAAAUGCUCUUUCCUCUGUGGAUGUAUUUUCGCCAAUCAAAAGAGAGGGUAGUGGUAUCAAGCUUCCUGUAAGAGAUUUAUUUCAAAUUCUUAAGCCGGCGAUCUCAGUUUUGCUACAGAGAGGUAUAAAAGUGGUCGUUGUGACACUCGGAUCAGAUGGUGUAUUCCUCUGCUCUAGAGAAAAGCAUGACCUCAAGAAACUUAACUUCAGCAGAAACCAGACUCAUUCUUUCAGUGGUAAAUUAUAUGAAACUAUUCAUUCAAUCUGCUGCCCAGAGUGGGAUUUUAGCAUUCCGAAGUGCAAGACCAGCUUUUUUGCCGUACAUCUGCCUGCACUUUCUGCAUCAGUAAUGAGGCUUACUGGAGCUGGGGAUUGUUUGGUUGGUGGAACAUUAGCUUCUCUUUGUGCCGGUUUAGAUGUCAUGCAGAGUGUUGCUGUUGGGAUUGCUGCAGCAAAAGCUGCAGUGGAGGUCGAAAGCAAUGUCCCCGCGGGGUUCAAUCUAGACAAAAUUUCAGGUGUGCAUCCUAAAACCUAAUUCAGUUUUGCCUGUCUUCAUUGUUUGCACUUCCUUUCCUUUCCUUUCUGGACUGAUCCAGUUGCUAAAGGAUAUUGUAUUUAAAUGUUGUACUGGUGUGAGGGGAUCCUUUCCUUCCGUUAGAUAUAUAGUCCCCUUUAGUCAUUUUCCUCGGUUCUUCAUGCAGCCUUGCCUUUCCCCAGCUCCAAUUGCACAAAAAAAUUGAUGCACUUUUGGUUCUUGUAUCAAAUUGUUGUACAAAAAUGCACUGAAUGAUAUUUACAUUAAUAAUCUGCAUCACCACCCUUGUAAUCCUUAAUCAAGUUUUUAUUGGGUCAUCAGAGAUUCUUGUUUUUUCGAGUUAGGAAAGAGCAAGGGUGCGACUAGCCACCUAUGUUUUCAUUACUACUGCAUUUCUUAAGUCAGUUUGGAAACUGUCACGGUUUUGAUUCCCUAUAUGCAGCUCUCUUUAGAGUUAUAAGGAAAACUGGGUUACUGAAUUAACACGCCCUGAAUUUCCUAAUGUGCAGAUGAUGCCGGAUCAGUCUAUUCUGGUGUUAGAUUCCUCUUCGGAACAUCAAUGCUAUAAUGUACUAGAGUUAAUCAUGUUGUAACAAAAUGGCUGAAGUUGCACAAUGUGUUCCACAAGAUGUGUAAUGGUAACUUCUUUGGAACGGAGAUUUGUAGGCACAAAACAAUGUUAGUUAUUAUUUCAUCAGUAGUCCCAAUAUGAUUAUUUUGCUCAUUAUACUAAUUACAAUUUCAUUCUGAUAUGGAUGGAGAAUUUUCUUUUUUAUUAAAAUUUUUCCUUGAUGCUUA